AUGUACCAUAAAUUCCUUAUCCACUCAUCUGCUGAUGGACAUCUAGGUUGCUUCCAUGUCCUAGCUUUUGUAAAUAAUACUUCAAUGAACAUUGUGUUCAUUGUGUGUCUUUUAAUUCAGGUUUCCUCAGAGUAUAUAUCCAGCAGUGGGAUUGCUGGGUCAUAUGGCAAUUCUAUUCCCAGUAUUUUUUGUUUUUUUUUUAAGGACUUUUCACACUGUUCUCCAUAUUUGCAUUACCACCAACAGUAUAAGAGGGUUCCCUUUUCUCCACACCCUCUCCAGCAUUUAUUGUUUGUAGAUUUUUUGAUGAGAUAA